CGCUGACAGAUAAUUCCAGUGACUCAGUGACUUCUGCAGUGUGAGGUGGGGAAUCUGGGUGUUUCCUGGCAGUCAGAUGUUUUUGUUGGUGGCGUCUUCUGUCACAGAGCGCGCACCCGACACAGUACACAGAUCAUCAGUGCCUGCUGAUCAAACCGGUUGCCCAAGGCGGAGGUCGCUCUAAGAAGUGUCUACACAUUUGACUAUUAAUUCUGUCUAGUGUUUACACUAUGGGGGAUACUUACCAGUAUCCCGUUUACUUCGAGUGUCCAAGUUUGAACGGAGAACAAAGGAAGAGGACAGAAAACUACUUCCAAAUUCGCCGCAGAUCAGGAGGAGGAGACUGCGGCUUCAUAACAAACAUAAACGAUAAAGUUUAUAGCAUUGCUUUUAAAGAGCGAGAUGCCCAGCAAAGAGUCCUGCAGAAAUCUGAACAUGUGUUGGAGUUUGCAAGUGGCCCUCUGGUGCUGACUGUGCGAGGCAGCCCGGGACCUACAAGCAAACCAGUUAGCCCAAAACUGGACUUAACUUCGUCACAGCAGCAGCCCAGUCUUACUUCAAGCCUAACAAGUGGUGAAGAAUAUAAACUACAACUUGAUUCUUACCUCCUUCGAUACCUAAAGGAAUGCCCUAAGGCAGAGAAAGAACUAGAGGAAGAACUCGCCUCUGUGGCCUGCUCAGCCCAGCUUUACCCAGAAGAAGAGAGGGUUUUAGUCAGGAGUUUAGCUCAACCUGGUGCUGUUGAUGAAAAUAGAAAUUGGAAAGCUGAGGUAGACAAACUCUUCGCUAGCUACCUGUGCCACUAUGAGAUGGACUCAAACAAAAUUAAAGCUUUGCUUCAGUCCUGCAGCUCUCCUCAGACCACAGAUGAGGUGAAGGUGUAUAGCGAGGUUGGCAUGGCUGUUGUGGUUGGGAAAUGUUCUCAGGUGAAGGCUAGGUUGAUCAAUGUAGAGGACUCACAUGUUAAACGAGGGUCACGUUUAGGUGAGAAGACAACCACUAUUUGUCGACUGGGAGAAGCCAAACUCCGUCUUCUCUGGAAAGAGAUUGAGCACAGUUUGGGACGGGAUUUUCCAGGUGUGAAGGUCAUGCAGGGAGAUUCAGGUCAGUUAGUUUUGGAAGGUUCUGUGGAGGAGAUUCUAAAGGCUGGAGAGUGGAUCACUGGGGCUGAAAAUUUGGUGUUAGAAAAGAAAGCUUCUGACUUGAGUCCACAUUUUUUGACGUUCCUAAGGCAGGCUUAUGGCGGACCAGGGGUGCUAUGUGACUUUUUAGGGGUUGGUGACAAGGUGGAAGUAGAGUUACGAGACACAGGGCUAUGUUUCUUCUCCCUCACUGCUGAUAAACUGAAUGACACAGAAAAAGAACUGCAAGAAAAAUUCAAGGAAGUAAAGUUUGAUGUUCCUAACUUCUCGGCUGUGUCAUCUGAGCUUCGGGAAAAGCUUAAGUCCAAGACAAAUGAGCUCAACCAAAGGCAAUACAGGGCUCAGGUUGUGUUUGGGUCAAACAGCACAGUGUUCUUACUGGGCAACACAAAAGAGGUUGAAGAGCUGAGUGAAGCUGUCACACAGUUUAUUUUGGACCAGGCAAGGAUAGAAGGCAAAGUUGUUCUCCCUUUCCCAGAGUUGGAACAACUCUUACCAGAAUUGCUGCAGCUGAAUGGUUUUGAUUAUUCAGGGGUUGCCUUCCAUCCCUUAACAUCUUCUUCUGGGCCCAUGAUGGUGCUGGAAGGUCCAUCAAGCAAAGUGACUGAGGUCAGGAACAGGCUGGGUCCAUUUCUGGACUCCCUUGUUAAGGACACCGUCACCAUUGACUUGCCCGGGGCAGUUAGGUAUUUUGUAAGUCCCUCUGGACGAGAAAACAUUUUAAGUGUUUCUCAUUCUCAGAAGUGUCUCCUAAAGGUUAAAGAACAACCUCACUUUACUAGACAGAAUUUGGCAUCUGGUGGCACAAUGGUUUCCAGCUACAGCCUUUGUGAUGGGCUCCAGGUGCUGGUGUGUCAGGGUGACAUCACCAAACAGGAUGCUGACGCUUUGGUGAAUGCUGCCAAUGAAGAUCUGGACCAUGGUGGAGGUGUUGCUGCUGCACUGAGUAAAGCAGGUGGACCUCAGGUGCAGAAGGAGAGCAAGGCUCUAGUAAAGCAGACUGGAAAAAUUCCUAUAGGUGAUGUGGUAGUGACUACAGGGGGUAACUUAAACUGCAAGAAACUGCUGCAUGCUGUUGGGCCUGUAGGUGGAAAAUCGGGUGGCAGUGAAAGGGUAUUGCUGGAAAAAACUGUCCAGUCUGCUCUGAAUUUAGCAGAAAUUAUGGAGUUCAAAUCUAUAGCCAUGCCCUGUAUCAGCUCAGGUAUGUUUGGUGUUCCGGUCAAUGUGUGCUCUGAGGCUAUUGUAACUGCUGUCAAGAAGUUUGGCAGUGAGGGAGGGCGAAGUCUGAGCAGAAUCAUCCUGAUUGAUAACAGAGGAGAGGUGGUGAGGGCCAUGCAGGAAGCAUGUGAUCGGCUACUCCAAAGGAUCACUACAGGAAACGUUACAGGUGAUUUGGGGUUCCAGAGGGGUGUUGCUGCUGAAGACACUGCAAGAGGAGCCACUGCUGGACCUCCUGGAGAUGGUGUCCAUGUAGAGAUCAUUCAGGGAACCCUCGAGACCCAGCAGGCCUUCCAGUCUGCCCAGGGAACUUUGCAUCUUAGAGGAUUCACAAAUGAUGUAAACCCAGACCAAGCUUCCUUUUACCGCCAUGUCUCUGUCACUAAUGAUGAGAUCACAGCCAAGCUGGGGGGAGUCAAGCUUCAAAUAGUCCUUUCUGACAUCAUUCAUGAGAACACUGAUGUCAUUGUCAAUACAACUGACUUCUCCAACAACCAACAAUCUGGUGUGUCCAAAGCCAUUCUGACCGCAGCAGGGGCUGCUCUCCAAGCAGAGUUUGCACAAGUGGGAAUUCCAGCAGACUACAUGUGCACCACAGGACCUGGGUUGCUUGGCUGCAGGGAAAUCAUUCAUGCUAGUUUUAAGUCUGACGCUCAGUUGAUUCAGAAAAAUUGCAAAAAGAUACUGCAGCAGUGUGAGAGCAAAGGCUACCACUCAGCAGCUUUCCCAGCUAUCAAUACUGGUGUGGCUGGUAUGGACUCUGUCAAAGCUUGUAAAGCCAUGCUGGAUGGCAUGACCUCAGCUAUUACAGACUUGAAACCAAAGUCCCUCUCACUUAUCCGCAUUGUCAUCUUGCAACAACCAGUCUUCCAGGUUUUCAGAUCAGAGUUGGAGAACCGCUUUGGACUACCAGCAACACGCCGCCUCAACUUGAAAGAAAGAGCCAAACAAAUACUCAAGAAGUGCCAAGACAAAUGUUUAAGGACCUCCACAACUUCAGCACCUCAAGGCAGAACCCUCAUCUCCUUAAAGCCACUGCCAGCUGUGAUAAGUGUGAUUGGUCGUGGUCCAGACGUCAUCAGUACUAUCAAGAGAGAUUUGGAGGGGAUCCUGCAGAAGCAGCUAGUAGAGAGAGAGGUGGAUGUGCUUGAUUUCUCCAAGCUUGAUUCCAAGGAGCUGGAGGCAGUACAGGCAAAAGUGAAUGCCUUCGAAAUAAGCUUGGAGCAUAGGAGACGUCAAAGUACAGAAGGUGUGAAUGGCAACAGAGCAGGAAACACAGCUAGACCUGAAGCUAGAGAUCGGUCAGGGUCAAGAGGAGAUGUCUAUGUGCUGAAAGGCCUGAAGGAGGAUGUUUUGAGCGUCAUUGAGCUUCUAAACAGAGCAUUCCAAAAAGCACUUUGUAAAGACUUCCAACAUAAACAAGAAGCAAUGUUGGCUCUUAAUGUCAAGUGGUCGAUUCAAGAUGUAAAUGGAGUCUGGCAUGAGGUGAGCCUGCAUGACAACUACUUGCUGGAGGAGGCUCACAUGAGAAAAGAGGUGUCUGUCGAUAUUAAAGCACAAGACGGCAUGCUGGUGAAAGUGAACUUGAGGGCACGAGAAGCCACAAAUUGGCAAACAGGCAUCACAUACAAAAUAAAAAGGAACGACUCUGUUACAACCUUAGAGUUGCCACCACAAUGGGAACCUAUGCACGAAGAAGUCUUUAAAAAGGUUGAGCUGCAACCUACCUCACCAGAAUAUCAGGCUGUAGCCCAGGGUUUCCUCAAAACGGCUAAAUACACCAUUCGUAAAAUUGAGCGAGUGCAAAACCUCUACCUGUGGAAUGCCUAUGCUGUGUGUAGGCAGCGAAUACUUGCCAAGAACGGUCCAGCAGACCUUGGGGAGAAGUCUCUCUACCAUGGCACAUCUGUAGAGUCAUGCGACUGUAUUGAAAGAGACAGAUUUGACAGGAGCUUCGCAGGAGCCCACGCUGCUGCGUAUGGAAAGGGAGUUUACUUCGCAGUCAAUGCAGCCUAUUCAGCCAAUGGCUUUUCCCCAGCAGACGCAGCAGGCCUGAAGCGGCUGUAUGUUGCACUUGUCCUGACCGGCCGAUACACAGUCGGUAAUUCUUCCAUGAAAUCACCCCCUCCUCGAGGCUCAGACCGCACUGACUGCUUCGACACUGUGGUGGACAAGAAGCAACCGCCCUCCAUGUUCGUGAUCUUCCACGACGACCAGGCCUACCCUGAAUACCUCAUCACCUUCAACUGAAGAAGCCUGAGAAAAGAAAUGGUUCAGUACUGUGCACUUCUUAAACACGUGCCUUAAAUUUAGACUUUGGGUCAAGGUUGAGUUUCAGGAGCAGGA